AUGGCGCCGAUCGACCCCGACGCCGUCCAUCCACUCCUUCCCACGCCCUACCGCUUCACAAACGGAACCGCCACUCUCCGCGUCGACCCGGGCCGCUUCGCCUUUACGCUCGCCGCGGCCACCGCUCCGUCCGAGGUGCUCAGCGCAGCGCUCGCGCGCUACCGGCGCAUCAUGUUUGCGUGGGGCAGCGGGAGCUCGCCGGCCACCGCCGCGACAACGCUGACCGACUGCUCCGUCUCGGUGGCCAAUUCCAGCGACGGCUCCUUUCAGCUCGGCGACGACGAGAGCUAUUCGCUGCGAGUGGCCGCCGACGCGGACUGCCGCCUGUCGGCCAGGACGGUCUGGGGCGCGCUGCGCGGCCUCGAGACUCUCUCCCAGCUGGUCGAGUACUCUCCGUCGGACCGCUGGUAUGAGCUUCGCAAGGCGCCGUGGCAGAUCGAUGACAAGCCAGCGUUUGUGAGCCGUGGCGUGAUGGUCGACACGGCCCGGCACUGGCUCAGCGUGCCGGCCCUGCUCCGGCAGAUCGACGCGCUCGCCUACAGCCGGAUGAACACGCUGCACUGGCACGCCUCGGACGAGGACGCCUUCCCGAUGGGUAGCACAGCCUUCCCCGCGCUCGCCGCGCGCGGCAGCUAUGCGUCCGCCGUGGGCGUGAGCGCGGGCUUGUACAGCGUGGCGGACCAGGAAGCGGUCGUGCAGUACGCGCGCAUGCGAGGCGUGCGCGUCGUCCUCGAGCUGGACUUGCCCGGGCACGCCUCCUCGUGGGCCCUCGCGCGGCCAGACCUCUUCGCGACGUGGCGCUUCCUCGGCCAGCUGAUCGCAGAGUUCGGCGCCCGCUUCCCCGACCGAGUCAUGCACUUUGGAGGCGACGAGGUGGACGCGUCGGUGCGCGCGUGGAUGCGGGAGCAAGGCGCGACCGACUUGCGUGACGGCUCGUCCCCUUCGAGAGGAGGCGCGACGCGGCCGCGGCCGAGCACGGCAAGGAGGGCAGAGAUGGCGGCGGUCGUGCGGUCCGGCGGACGCGCGGUCCGCUCAUCGGGCUUCUACUUUGACGGCGGCUACUCUACCGGCGGGAGAGCGACCGUGUGGGAGGAGGUGAUCAACGCGCAGCUGGUGCCGCCCGGGCUGAGCGCGGAGGAGGAGUCGCGCGUGCUCGGUGCGGAGGCUUGCUUGUGGGGCGAGGUUGCCGACGAGCUCUUCCUCGACCAGAAGCUGUGGCUGCGCGCGUCGGUCCUCGCGGAGCGGCUGUGGACGCCGCACGCAACCAUCGCGGCCUACUGCCACCACAAGCCGUGCUCGUUCGACAACCGCGACUUGCAGCCGCGCAUGGUCAAGAACCGGUGCCGCCUCGUGCAGCGCGGGAUCUUGGCGCAGCCGUACAACACGCAAAUCAUCCCCGACCGGAGCCGCUGGCAGCAAUGCGAGCUCUGGCUGCCACAGAACUGGUCGCGGCGUGGUGCCGCCGGGACAGAGGCAGUUUACAUGUACUAA